ACCUCGGGGGAGGCGAUGGCGGCGGCGCCGGCGGCGGGAGGGCAGGGAGGCGGCGCCAGCGGCAGCGCCAUGGACGCCGCGCUCCUCGACGACAUCAUCCGCCGCCUGCUCGAGGUGCGCACGGCGCGACCCGGGAAGCAGGUGCAGCUCUCCGAGUCGGAGAUCCGACAGCUCUGCACCGCCUCACGCGACAUAUUCCUCACCCAGCCCAACCUCCUCGAGCUCGAGGCGCCCAUCAAGAUCUGCGGUGACAUCCAUGGUCAGUAUAGUGAUCUUUUAAGGCUGUUCGAGUAUGGAGGUUUUCCCCCAGAAGCCAACUAUUUAUUCCUAGGCGAUUAUGUCGAUCGAGGCAAACAAAGUCUGGAAACUAUAUGCCUACUCCUUGCGUACAAAAUCAAGUACCCGGAGAACUUUUUCCUUCUGAGAGGCAAUCAUGAGUGUGCUUCAAUAAACAGAAUAUAUGGAUUUUAUGACGAAUGCAAGCGCCGAUUCAAUGUGCGGCUAUGGAAGGUCUUCACUGAAUGUUUUAACUGUCUCCCUGUGGCCGCUCUAAUUGAUGACAAAAUAUUAUGCAUGCAUGGUGGCCUUUCUCCUGACCUGCAACACUUGGAUGAGAUUAAAAACUUGCCCCGUCCUACCGAUGUGCCAGAUACAGGUCUUCUAUGCGAUCUUCUUUGGUCUGAUCCAGGAAAAGAUGUCAACGGGUGGGGCAUGAAUGAUAGGGGUGUCUCAUACACAUUUGGCCAUGAUAAAGUUACAGAGUUCCUUGCAAAGCAUGAUCUUGAUCUUAUUUGCCGUGCUCACCAGGUUGUCGAGGAUGGGUAUGAAUUCUUUGCUGACAGACAACUGGUCACCAUAUUCUCGGCUCCCAACUAUUGUGGUGAAUUUGAUAAUGCUGGUGCAAUGAUGAGUGUUGAUGAAACUUUGAUGUGCUCUUUUCAAAUUCUGAAACCAGCUGAGAGAAAACCCAAAUUUAUCACAUCAAACAAAAUGUGAAAUGAUGAAGCUCUUUCCUCUUCCAGAGGCUACUGAGGCUUCUCAUGUGGACACAAUCACAUCAAGGCAUCAACGAGCAGGCGCUAGGCUUGAAGGCAGCAUCGGGCUAGUCCUAAUGGAGAAACCAAAUAAUAUCAUAUCUAACAGUUGGUCUGAAAGUUAAUCUUCAUAGCAAGUGCCAGAAAUUUUUAUCUUUUCUGUUAUCGCAUUGUGUGAAACUCUCUUUGUAGCUGUAGAUAUAUUGAUUAUGGAGGGCUGAAGUUGCCAAUUGACCCGAUGAAGUGAUUUCCUUCUCCAGCAAGGAAAAAUUCUGAAUGUGAGAGUUUCUGUUUGGAACAACAAAAAAUAUUUAAAAAGCACUUGUAUCACUUACUGAGGUGAGGACAAAAAAGCAAAGUCUGUUUCCCCGUUGCUUGUAAGAAAAUGUUGGAUGAGUUUAUUUUUGUUUCUUUAGUGCCAA